AAAGAGGACAGGGCUCCUGUGCGUUUAAUGGCUGUGCAAAUGACAACAUUUCAGCAGAUGCCACUUCCAUGUUGCCUCCCUGGGUGGUGUUGUCAGUGCCUUGCAUCGUCUGGAGCCACAGAAUGAGCAGUUCCAGGUUCACGAGCACCGAGGAAGAGUAUGAGUCGCUGGCAGAUGAGGAGGAAGAAGAGCUGAGCUCCUUGCGCCUCAGUGAGGAGCUCCAAGACCUGGAGGAGCAGCUGUCCCAAAUCCAAGUCCAUAUUCCUGAAGCUGUCUAUGAGUUUGACUGGAACACCAUUGACACCUCCACCUUGCCGGAGAGUUACAGGACGAAUUCUGCCAAGGAGCAGCAGCUCCUGCAAGUGGCCGACAACUUCCACCGCCAGUAUGCCCAUCUCUGCCCGGACCGGGAGCCGCUCUUCCUCCACCCCGUCAAUGAAUGCGGUGUAGAAAAAUUUGUCAGCACCACGGUGCGCCCGACUCUGCUCCCCUACUCCGAGUUGUACAACUGGGACGGCUGUGCCCGCUUUGUCUCCGACUACCUCACCAUGGAGCCUCUUCCGUCUCCAAUCUCACCGCCCAGUUACCUGUACUCCCCGACCACAAUCCUGCGCUACCAGCGGGGCAACUGCUUUGACUUCAGCAUCCUGCUGUGUUCUCUGCUCAUUGGCGCUGGGUAUGAUGCCUACUGUGUGAACGGCUACGCCACCCGUGAGAUGUGCAUGAUGGAUGAGUCUCGAGAGACAUGCCCGCUCUUGGAGAGGGCAGAAGAGGUCACCGUGGCUGCUGCGAAAGAGAAGCCCAAAAAGUAUGCUAUCAAGCCCCUGCGGGACCUGCGCAGCAAAUUCGAGCUGCGCCAGGAAGCCAAGCAGGAGGCCAUAGAGCAGGCAGCCGAGGAGAAGAGGCAGAAGGAGGAAGAGGAAAGAAGACUGGAAGCUGAGAAGCCCCAGCCCGACCCUCUGUACGGUCUCCGGGUCCACGCUUGGGUUCUGGUUCUCUCGGGCAAGCGGGGAGUGCCGGAGAGUUUCUUUAUCGACCCUUUUACGGGCAAAAGCUACAGCACCACCGACGACCAUUUCCUCGGCAUGGAGAGCGUCUGGAACCACCGGAAUUACUGGAUCAAUAUGCAAGACUGCUGGAACGCCUGCAGGGAUCUCCAGUUUGACCUCGGAGACCCCGUGCGCUGGGAAUUCAUGCUCCUGGGUGCAGACAAGCCUCUCCUUUCACUGCCGGAGAUAGAGGAAGAAGAGGAAACGGGCGAGGAUGAAGUGGAAGACUUGAUGAAAGAAGAGGAACCCAAAGGUUUCGACAUGCCUGCAUCCUGGGUGGAGCAGAUUCAGAUAUCGCCAAAAGCAUUCGAGACGCGCUGUCCUCAGGGGAAGAAGGUGAUUCAGUACAAGAACGCCCAGCUGGAGAAAUGGGCCCCUUAUCUGAACAGUAAUGGGAUGAUCACCCGGCUCACCCUCUUUGAGGAUCCAGACCGAACCAAAGUGCUGGAAGUGAAGGAAUGGUACAAGAACCGAGAAGACAUGAUGGAGACAAGAGAACUCAAUAAGAAAACAGAUGUGACUACCGAGGUUUUCCUCCCAGGGCAUGUGCAGGGCCUUAAAGCACACGUCUACAAGACCAUGGAGCCCGAGACAGAGCGCACCAUGGAGUUCUACGACGAGACGCGGGUGGAUGGCCUUCAGAAACGCGUCGAGACGUCCAAAGAUAUGACGGAAUACUUUGAAGGUCGCUCGGAUUUCCUGUAUUACCGCUGCACCGAAUUUGGCAAAAGAGUAAAGAAGCCCACCAAUAUUCUUGCCAACACUGAAAUGAACGCCCGGCCCAUUCUGAAAAUCACUGAGAGGUUCCAUCGGAAUCCGAGCAAGCCCGCCGACGAAGAUGUGGCGGAGCGCAUCUUUCUGAUUGUCGAGGAGAAAAUCCUUUUGACCUACCACUGCAAGGAGAAUUACAUCACGCCCUCAAAGAGGGAGUUCAACAAACAAACAGACGUGGACAACAAGGGGAAUAAGAUCAUCAUGACCCACGAUAUGUGCAUCAGCUACCAGGCCGGAUCUACUGAGAAAGAAAAGAAAUUGUUCCAUUUGUACGAAAUGAUGAUGCAUCUCAUAGAAGAGGAGAAGCGCUCCCGGCACCAAGUGUGGGAGUCAUCGAUUGAGGUCUUGGACAUUCUCAGGAUUCGAGAAGAAGAGGCAGCCGCCAACAAGCUGACGGUGUCUAUUUAUGACACAGAGAGGAACGAAAAGAGCAAAGAACAGCGAGAGGCCAUGGAGCGCCAGCUGCAAGAGGAGCGCCAGCGGCAGGUGGAGCAGGACCUCGACUACUUGGCACCUUUCCUGAUCCAGAUCGGGGGCGCUGAGAAGAUGACCAAGUGGCUCGCCUUGCGACUCAAGGAGGACUGCCUUAGCGAUUUCAAGCACCGGCUGGUGGACAAGGCCAACCUCAUCCAAGCCCGAUUUGAGAAGGUGCCUGGAUCUGACCCACCUCUUGACCCCAUCAGGAGCCCCAGUCAAGUGCAGGCUGGGCUUAGAUGGGAGCUUCCCUCAUUUUCCUUUUGGAGGUGGGGUUGGGUGGAGAAGAGAGGUCUUCUCCUUUUCAAGAGUUGGCCACUCUUGGGCCGUAACGUCCUGUACCACUUAGGGGUCCAAUUCCAUAGCAAACCUGGCGGGCUGAGGCACAAAGAGACGGCCCCCCUGAAAUACAUGGCCUUGGAAGAAAAGCUAUGCAAAGAUCCACGUCUGUCUGAAUACCUCCGAUUUUAUAUUUGA